UUAAACAAUCAACCGAAGAAGAAGUCGUUGCCUUCCCAGUCAAGCUAAGGUCGUUGCAGCAGUUCGCCGCAGAUAUGAUGUCUCUCGCUGCCCGGUCAGGGGCAUUUUCCCCUUACAUGCAGGCUACAGCUGUUGCUGUCGCUGGUCCCCUGAAAGCACUGGUACCCGGGGUUGUUGUAAAAGGAGAGAAGAUUUUGUUGACCCCGAAAAAAACGUUCCUGUGCCGCGAAUCGCUCAGCGGUCAAAGCCCAAAGACGGGGCCUGCUGUGACAGUUAGCAUCAAUGGCUGUGCAGCGGUGCGUUAUGCCCACACAGACGUGCGGGUGCCGGACUUCUCUGACUACAGGCGCCCCGAGGUGCUGGACCCCAGCAAGUCGUCCCAGGACAGCAGCGAGGGGAGGAGGACCUUCUCCUACCUGGUGACGGGCGCCACCACCGUGGUGGGUGUCUACGCCGCCAAGACGGUGGUCUCUCAGUUUGUGUCUUCCAUGAGCGCGUCGGCGGACGUCCUGGCCCUGUCCAAGAUCGAGAUCAAGCUGAGCGACAUCCCCGAAGGCAAGAACAUGACCUUCAAGUGGAGAGGCAAGCCGCUGUUCGUGCGCCACCGCACGGAGAAGGAGAUCGCCACGGAAGCAGGCGUCAACCUGGCGGAGCUGCGAGACCCGCAGCACGACAAGGAGCGCGUGCAGAACCCCAGCUGGGUCAUCGUGCUGGGCGUGUGCACGCAUCUGGGCUGUGUGCCGAUCGCCAACGCUGGCGACUUUGGAGGCUACUACUGCCCGUGCCACGGCUCGCACUACGACGCCUCGGGCCGCAUCAGGAAAGGCCCCGCUCCCCUCAACCUUGAGGUUCCCUACUACGAGUUUCCAGAUGACAGCACGGUGGUUGUUGGAUAGAGAACGUGAUAAAACAGCAGGUGUUACAGUGUUCACGUGUCAGUGCUGCUGCCAGCUGCAGCGGGAAACUUUGUCUCAGCGCCACAAGCCUCUCUAACAGUCCUCUCUAUCUACUGGAGUUCAUGGAAGGUAAUCUCUUUAACACAAGGACAGAAAAGCAUUUGGAAUGAAUAGGUGAACACUUGGGCUGGGUAACGAAUUCAAUACUUUUGAGACAACGACCGAAUUGCCUCUUAAAGUAUCGAGUAUGGAAAAAUGCCUCGCCAUUCAAUACCUAAGGAGUAAAUCGCAUCAGUCAGUGAGCCAAUCAGCACGCAGCAUGCUUCUACCAAGAUCUAAUAAUGUAUGUGAUUGGCUGUAUAACAUUACACGUCGUAGAGACACGCAGGAAAAAUUCUACGUGACACAGAGACGGCUCACGUAGUCGGAGCUGGAACAUGAGAUUUGUGCUGUAAUCUUGCCAUUUCUUUUUGUUUCAUGAAAUUGUUCAGGAAGCGGUAUAAAAGUCACAGUAUUGGUACUGGUACCGAAAUGUUUUGAAGGAUACCCAGCCCUAGUGAACACCAGGCAGAGUCCAUCCUCUCUGGUUUCCUCAUGUCAGAAUAUCACGUGAACAUGACCUAAACACCUGCUUAUCAUAUUAACUUAUAGUCCAUUUAACCAGCCCAGAACAAAUGUUGUGUUCACGUCUGCUUAAUAAAGAUUUGUAUUUUAUUUGAAAACGUGGA